GACCCCACAACCAAGAUGGGACCUUUGAAGGCAUGUGAGGUCGUAGAAGAGUUGGGGGCCCACAGGGUCAGAGCUCCCGUGGGUACCUGCAGCUACAUGUUGGGGGGUCAGAACACCUCUGUGGUCACCACCAAGGCCCGAGAGGAUGAAACGGUCUGGCCUUCAGCCCAGGACUAUCAUUUUUGACCACAAGGAAGUGACAUAUGGCAGAGGGUGGGGACACCACCAAGGAGGAAACGUCCCAGCGGCUCUGCUGUGCGGAGACGUGUGUGGCCGUCAGAGGAGCAGCCAUGUGCUCUGAGAAGGGGCAGCAGCCUCACUGAGGCCACGGGCCCUGUCCUGUCAUUGGGGUUGAGAGCAGAAGCCCAGGGCGCCGAGAGCCGGGGGUCUGCAGCAGCCUGUGCAGCUCCUGACCCUAAGCUUCCUGCACCCUGACCAUCCAACAUCGGACUCAAAUCUGUGCUGGACACGGAAGCAGAGAGGCCCAGAAAAGCGGAAGUGGACACAGGGCUAUCGAACCUCAGCGAGGAGGCUUGACCUUGUCCACCCAGAGGACCUGGCGCUGCUGCAGGCUGUGUCUGUGCGGAGACAUGACCCCGAGGAGUGGGGCCAUGUGGCUAAUUUCAGCUCUGCUCCUUCUCCAGGUCCCAGGCUGUUUGUCUCUGAGCGGCCCCAGGCGCGUGACGGGCACCGUGGGGGGAUCGCUGAGCGUGCAGUGUCGGUAUGAGAAGGAGUACACAGACCAUAACAAAUUCUGGUGCAAAUACUCAUAUUUACCACCACUGAGGAUGAAGAUUGUGGAGACCACAGAGUCAGAGAGAGAAGUGAGGAGCGGCCGUGUGUCCAUCAGGGACCAUCCUGCAAACCUCACCUUCACAGUGACCUUGGAGAGACUCACAGAGGGUGAUGAAGGCACAUACUGGUGUGGGAUUGAUACACCAUUGAGAGAAAGACUGAUAGACCUCACCUUCCAGGUUGUGGUGUCUGUGUCCCCAGCCCCCACCCUGAAGAUCGUCACAAGCACCCUGGGCCCUCCAAGCACCCUGGGCCCUCCAAGCACCCUGGGCCCUCCCUCCUCCCUGCCAGUGACCACUGGGCCCAGCAUGACCAGCCAGGAGACGCCUGAUGCCAACCAACACCCUCGGUCCCUGCUCAGCAGUGUCCACUUCCUGCUCCUCAUAUUCCUGAAGGUGCCCCUGUUCCUGAGCAUGCUCAGUGCUGUCCUCUGGGUGAACAGGCCUCAUCGGGCAACUUGUGAGGAAACACAAUUUGGCUAAGACAACCUGCCACUGUCCCCGCCCAUCCAUGUCCUGUCCAGAGACACAGCCACUCGGGCUACAGAAGACAGAAACUCCACCCUGAACCUUACAUCCCUUUUCAACUUAUCAAAAGAGACUUAAAAAACCAUUUUAAUGACUAUAUCACCUCCACAAACGUGUGUAUAUGAACAGUUGA